ACUUGAAGCGCCUGUCAGUUUGACAGCCUAUAAAAUGUCGCCGAUGCCACAGAACCAGUCUGCGAUUGCGCUUUGCUCUCUCGAGGAAGACGAUUGUAAGCUGCAGAUCUAACGUUCUUGGAGAAAGAAACCAUGGAUUCCUUCCUGUUCACUUCAGAAUCCGUCAAUGAAGGACACCCUGACAAGCUCUGCGACCAAGUCUCAGACGCCAUUCUCGACGCUUGCUUAGAGCAAGAUCCAGAGAGCAAAGUCGCCUGCGAAACCUGCACUAAAACAAACAUGGUAAUGGUCUUCGGCGAGAUCACAACCAAGGCAAAUGUGAACUACGAGAAGAUAGUAAGGGAUACCUGCAGAGGAAUCGGAUUCACUUCUCCCGACGUCGGCCUAGACGCCGACAACUGCAAAGUCCUCGUCAACAUUGAGCAACAGAGCCCCGACAUCGCCCAGGGAGUCCACGGCCAUCUCACCAAGAAACCCGAAGAAAUCGGAGCCGGCGACCAAGGCCACAUGUUCGGCUAUGCCACCGACGAAACACAGGAGCUUAUGCCUCUAACCCACGUCCUCGCCACAAAGCUCGGCGCCAAACUCACCGAAGUCAGGAAGAACAAGACCUGCCCAUGGUUAAGACCCGACGGGAAAACACAGGUCACCGUCGAGUACAAAAAUGAGAACGGCGCAAUGGUUCCCGUUCGAGUCCACACCGUCCUCAUCUCGACUCAGCAUGAUGAAACCGUCACCAACGAAAAAAUCGCCAGUGACUUGAAGGAGCACGUGAUCAAGCCCGUGAUCCCUGCCCAAUACCUCGACGACAAAACCAUCUUCCACCUCAACCCAUCCGGUCGAUUCGUCAUCGGCGGUCCCCACGGCGAUGCAGGCCUGACCGGCCGGAAAAUCAUCAUCGACACCUACGGCGGCUGGGGCGCACACGGCGGGGGCGCCUUCUCCGGAAAAGAUCCGACUAAAGUCGACAGAAGCGGCGCCUACAUUGUCAGACAAGCUGCCAAGAGUGUUGUCGCGUCAGGACUCGCGCGACGAUGCAUCGUGCAAGUUUCUUACGCGAUUGGCGUGGCUGAACCGCUGUCUGUAUUCGUGGAUUCUUACAAGACGGGUAAGAUCCCGGACAAGGACAUCCUGGCCCUGAUCAAGGAGAGCUUCGACUUCCGGCCGGGGAUGAUUGCGAUCAACCUGGACUUGAAGAGAGGAGGCAAUUUCAGGUACCAAAAGACGGCGGCUUACGGACACUUUGGGCGCGACGAUCCCGACUUCACCUGGGAAACUCCGAAGAUCCUUAAGCCUAAAGCUUGAAUCUUUCUCCACGAGGUAACUAACUAUAAACUCUGCUUUAUAUAAAUUGAUUCAUACUUGAUGAAGAAGAUGAAAUAAUUCUUUUGGACAUGCUUAUGAGUUUUUUCUAGUUUAGGUUUAGACAGUAUUAUGGGAUUGAUGUGUUCUUAGGUUUUAGUAGUUUAUUGCAUUAUAGAAAUUUUACUAAUAAAUAAAAUGCUCGUUUUUAUUUCCUGA